AUGGCACCCUACGUAGCCAUUGACGCGCAAACUGUCUCGGAGAUCCGUACCGCUGCCAAAGCAUGCUCUAGGACAAGCAAUCCAAGAUCGUAUAGUAUGGCACCCUACGUAGCCAUUGACGCGCAAACUGUCUCGGAGAUCCGUACCGCUGCCAAAGCAUGCUUAGAUAGAGGGCUUGUGGUGGCUGCAAAGUGGUCCUCACAACUCUUGCUGUCUCUCCCUCCUGUAAAAAGAUUUCCUCCUCAAACGUCUCGCGCACUAUCUGUCUUCUCCACUUCUACUCCAGCGAGGUCACAAUCACCACAACCUCCCGCGUCGUUCGCAGGCCAUUCACCGAUUCCCUCUCAAAUACUUGCUCAACCCAACCUUUCUGCAACACCUGGGCCCAGUACACAAACUUCCCAAGUCCAAGCUCGGUCGGACGACGCCCGGUCCUUGGAGAAAAGCCUGGAAGGCGAAGAUGAAGAUGCCUUCGUUGCGGCGCGUGCAUGCUUCGAGGCUCGGGACUUUCUCCAUGCCGCUCAUAUCUUGAAGGACUGCAAAAGCUCGAAGUCCAAAUUUCUCCAGAUAUACUGUAGGUUCAUUGCAAGUGAAAGAAAGGCUCAAAGAGAUUGGCACAAAUUGGACAAUAAUCGGCAUCAACCGCCCCUUCCUGUGAACCACUCUCUGAUGGAUUUAUUGGACCUCAUAAAGGAUUCCAAUGACCCAUGGUUGCUAUUUUUGAAAGCUUUACUAUUCUCUCGAUUGUCAAGACGCGAGCAAGCGAUUGAAUGUGUACUGCUUUCUAUUGCCGGGUUCAGGUGGAACUGGUCAGCGUGGACCCUUUUGGGCAGCUGCAUCGGAGAUGGUGAAGAGCUUUCUUCUCUUCUUCAGUUGAUUCCUCUGCCUUCAGAUCACCCCCUUGUCCAGCUCUUCCAAAUCAAGACACUCAACGAGCUCCACAAUCCUUCUGAAAAUGAGAUCCAAUUGUGCGACCGCCUGUUGGGGGAAGACUUCUUUCCGAACAGCCUGUGGAUCAUGGCUAUGAAGGCACAAACAUUAUACCAUCUCCACGAUUAUGGCCGAGCGCAGACACAGUUCGAGGAGAUUCGUGCCAUUGAUCCUAACCGUAUCGAUGAUAUCGAUAUCUACUCCAACAUUCUCUAUGUCACUGAGAAUCGACUCAAAUUAUCACAACUUGCUCACGAAUUCAUAGCAUUGGACAAGGAUAGACCGGAAGUGUGCUGUCUCAUAGGCAAUCAUUACUCAUUGCGUAGUGAACAUGAGAAAGCCAUCAAGUAUUUCAGGAGAGCCACUCAACUCGACCGAACAUAUCUCUCUGCCUGGACCUUGAUGGGUCAUGAGUACGUUGAGAUGAAAAAUUCGCAUGCCGCCAUCGAAGCCUAUCGUCGAGCCGUGGAUAUCAACCGGAAGGAUUACAGAGCAUGGUUUGGCCUGGGACAAGCAUAUGAAUUGCUCAGCAUGCACCACUACGCUCUUCAUUACUAUCAGCGCUCGACUGCUCUGAGACCGUACGAUGUUCGCUUAUGGCAAGCACAAGGGAUGUGUUACGAAGAGAUCGGAAGACUCCGAGAAGCCAUUGAAUGCUACAACCAUGCAUUGAUAACAGCAGAUCCCCACGAGAUUACGAUUCGCCUCAAGCUUGCAAAGAUACAUCGCACGCUGCUAGAGUCAGCAGAGGCUGUGGCCUAUCAUCGGCGGGUCAUUGAGGUCUGCCAAGCGGAGCCGCGUCCAAUCCAUGAUUAUGCCAAGUCCUGUUUGGAAGUCGCGGAGUACGAGAUGAACAUUCCAAACGGUGAUUUAGCACUCGCGAAGGAAUACUUGAAUCUCGUUGCCACAAGUAACGCAGAAGACGUUGGGAGAGCGGCAGAACUCCUGAAAGAUGUGAAGAGCAGACUAGAAGAACGUGCUGUCCUACAACCCCAAGCGGCCGAGUAA